AUGCUGGCAGCGAAGAGGGCAGCCGCCAGCAAAGGCCCAGCGAGGUCAACGUGCAACAUCUUCGCUCUCCCGCGACCACUGCUUCAACUCCUCCACCUCCAACAACGAACCCUCGCAACCGCUGCAGAACAGUCGACAUCGCCAGUAGCCAGCGAUGUGGCCAGUCGAACACCGCCUUAUACCAAGCUCUUGAAGAACCUGCGCGAAGUGCGGCGCCUACUACCAACGCGCCCUCUCACCCUCGCCGAAAAGAUCCUCUUCUCCCAUCUCGACAAUGCAGAGGAAUCACUCUUCGAGAACACGAACAAUGGCGCAGACAUCCGCGGCAAUGCCACGCUCAAGCUCAAACCGGACAGAGUGGCUAUGCAGGACGCGUCCGCGCAAAUGGCGUUACUGCAGUUCAUGAGCUGUGGUCUGCCGACAACUGCUGUGCCUGCGAGCAUCCACUGCGAUCAUAUGAUUGUUGGUGAGCGAGGCGCGGAUACGGACUUGCCGAAUAGCAUCGCUGGGAAUAAGGAGGUGUAUGAUUUCCUGGAGAGUGCGUCGAAGAAGUAUGGGAUUGAGUUCUGGCCACCUGGAGCGGGCAUCAUACAUCAGACGGUUCUGGAGAACUAUGCGGCACCUGGGUUAAUGAUGUUGGGAACGGACAGCCACACGCCUAAUGCUGGCGGUUUGGGUGCCAUUGCAAUUGGAGUGGGAGGUGCAGAUGCAGUGGAUGCUCUUGUGGACGCGCCGUGGGAGCUUAAGGCACCUAAAGUGCGAGGGGUGCGGUUGGAAGGGAAGCUUAGUGGAUGGGCAAGCCCGAAGGACAUCAUACUGCAUCUCGCAGGUCAACUCACGGUCCGAGGAGGAACUGGAUAUGUUCUGGAGUAUCAUGGACCAGGCGUGCAGAGUCUGAGCUGCACCGGCAUGGCCACAAUAUGCAAUAUGGGAGCAGAAGUCGGCGCUACGACAUCUCUGUUUCCCUUCACACCAUCUUCCCACGGACGAUAUCUUCAGUCCACACACCGAAGCUCAAUAGCAGAGCAGGCGGCAGCUAUUGCCUCAUCGCCUGGACCGCACAACCUUCUUGUGGCAGACAUUGGCGCCGAGUACGACGACGAGGUCGUCAUUGACCUCAGCAAACUCGAACCGCACAUCAAUGGCCCCUUCACACCAGACCUCAGUACACCUCUUUCGCUUUUCAAGGAGGCCGUCAAAGCCAACGAAUGGCCUGAAACCUUCGGCGCAGGUCUCAUUGGCUCCUGCACCAAUUCCUCCUACGCAGACAUGACCCGCGCGGAAUCUCUCGUCCGUCAAGCGUCAGCAGCCGGCCUGCAACCCAAAGCAGACUUCUUCAUCACUCCCGGCUCGGAGCAGAUCCGCGCUACUGUCGACCGCGAUGGCACGAUGGAGACGUUCGAGCAAAACGGUGGUGUCGUCCUGGCCAAUGCCUGCGGCCCAUGCAUUGGCCAGUGGAGUCGAACAGACGGCGUAGCGAAAGGCGAAGACAACGCAAUCUUCACCAGCUACAACCGCAAUUUCCCAGGACGAAACGACGGAAACCGCAAGACCAUGAACUUCCUCGCCAGUCCCGAGCUCGUGACGGCAAUGUCCUACAGUGGCCGCACCGACUUCAACCCCAUGACCGACAGCAUCCCUCUCGAGAAUGGCCAGAGCUUCCAGUUCCAGCCACCAACAGGGACCGAUAUUCCAAGCUCCGGCUUCGCAGCCGGCAACCCUCUCUUCAUGCCAACUCCUCCCGUCCCUCAGUCCGACGUCUCUGUGGCUAUUGACCCAAAGUCCGACCGCCUUGCCGUUCUCGAACCCUUCGAACCCUUCCCGCAAGGUGAGCUCGAAGGCAUGCGGGUCCUAGUGAAAGUCAAGGGCCAAUGUACUACGGACACCAUCUCCGCCGCCGGCCCUUGGCUCAAGUACAAAGGCCACUUGCCAAACAUCUCAGAGAAUACGCUUAUCGGCGCCGUCUCUGCCGAUACCGGAGCGGUGAACUCUGUCCACGAUGUUGACGGCACUGAGCACACGAUUCCCGAGCUGGCUUCCAAAUGGAAAGCGCAAGGGCAGUCAUGGAUUGUUCUCGCCGAGCACAACUAUGGCGAAGGCAGUGCAAGAGAGCAUGCGGCGUUGCAACCACGGUAUCUGGGCGGGAGAAUUGUGGUGGCGAAGAGUUUCGCGCGAAUCCACGAGACGAAUCUGAAGAAGCAGGGUGUCGUGCCGCUUACGUUCGCUGAUGAGGCGGAUUACGACAAGUUGGCUGGAUGUGAUGAGGUGAGGACCGAAGGCCUCUAUGACGUGCUCCAGGCCGGUGGGCAGCACGGUGAGGUGGUGCUCGUGGCUAAGAAGCCGAGCGGAGAGGAGACAAGGGUCAAGGUCAAGCACACGCUGUCUCGAGACCAGUGCCAGUUCAUCCUGGCAGGCAGUGCGUUGAAUCUGCUUGCCAAGAAGCAUAAGGGCGCAGUUUGA